UUCAAAUUCACAACCCAUUUCUCUCUUUCUUCUCUCUUCAAAGUUAUUCUCCUCUCUUCUAAGUUCAGGCGAUUUCUAGGGUUUGUGUUUCUUCUCGAUUCAAAAAGCUUCAAGUACAUGCCUGAUGAGGCUCGAUUUUUUAAGGCGUACGAUGAGCUGCGGCGGCUAAGGUUCCGUUGGAACCCAACGACGGAGGUAUCUAUCUAUAUGAUUUUGAGUUCGACGGAAUGGGUCAGUUGAAUUUUUAGUCAACUUGCAGAUGACACUUCUUGGAGUCAGUUGGAUAUUUUAAUUUUAUUGCCAGGGAACGAGGGGUUAAUCGGGCUUCGUUUAUGGAUAAUAUGAAGUCGUAUCAACAGAGACGAGGGAGUUUCGUCCCUCUAUCACCAACACAAAUGCUUUGGUCGAGUGAAAAUGGUACAAGUAACAAAGAUGACAAAGAGAAAGGUCUCAAUGUGCAAGUUGUUCUGCGUUGCAGGUUCAUAUAGUUUCAAGUUGGUCAUUUAAUCUUGGAUUGAUGUUGCUAAAGAUUACACCACUGCAUUUGGUGGAUUCGUUCUUGGUAUUGGUUAACAAGAAGGAUGAGAAUCCGAGUCUAGAUUCGACUUGCCAGGAGAAAUAACGGAGAAAUUGUCCUUGAUUGAUUUUUGGGAGCCAAAAUUGAGUGUUAAUUUAGGGUUUGUUCUUGCGUAAAUCGCAUGAUAAAGGAUUCCUAAAUCAAGUCGAUUCACUUCCAGACGGUGAUGAUGCUGGUGACCUGAAGAGGAACGAUGAGAAUGACAUGGGUUGAUUUAGGGUUUCUCUUGGUCUUAUGAAGGUGGUGGUUUAACACCACAACGAAAAGUCGACGGCUAGGUUUCCAGCAGCACAUAGAUCUGACCAAUUGUGGUUUCGGCCAGUAUCGGUUUUUUCAUACGUGUUGCCGGAUUUUGAGACAUGGAAUCAAUGAUAUUUUGGCCUUGAAUAAUAGUUGAAUUGAGAGAGAGAGAGAGAGAGAGAGAGAUAGAUGACGGGGAUGGUGAUGCUAACAAGAGGAGGGUGAGGAGGUGGUGAAGGAAGAGCGAUUGCCGAGCAGUUUUUGGCGACAAUGACAGAUGCGAAGCUGUAUGCUGAGCGUUUCGCUGACCUUGCUGAAAAAUUGGGCUUUGAUGGGUGGCUGCUAAUUCAACAACGCUGCUGUGCAAAACACGAUAUUUUUUUCCAGGUCGUUGUUUUAGCCGUUCGUGGAUUCAAUUGCAAGGUCUCGAUGGAUCUGUCACUCUUCAGGGAAUUCAUGAUUCUUCCUACUCGUGCUUCGACUUUUAUGGAAGCUAUGAAGAUAGGCGUUGAAGUAUAUCAUAAUUUUUGUCUGUUAUUAAGAAGAAAUAUGGUCAGGAUGCAACCAACGUUGGCGAUGAAGGUGGUUUCGUCCCUAAUAUUUAGGAAAACAAAGAGGGCCUCGAGUUGCUCAAGUCAGCCAUUGCUCAAGCUGGUUACACAGGAAAGAUCACAUGUUGGAAACAAGCUUGCUAUGCAGGAAUUCAUGAUUCUUCCUACAAUCCUACUGGUGCUUCGACUUUUAUGGAAGCUAUGAAGAUGGGCAGUGGCGAAGCUUGAAAAAAAGUUCGGGGGGUCGGAAGGUAACAGAC